AUGACAAACUUACAGAUAGAAUGGAUGAAAGAGAGAGUUAGGUGUUCAUACGACAUUGAAGAUGAUGUUACAGUGCACUACGAACUGCUGCCGAACGACGAGAAAGAAGAUGACAACGAAGGCGUUGAGGAUGAGAAGUGUAAGAAAGUUUUUGAACAAUUCUUAAAGUACCCCAAAGAAGGUGAUGUAUAUUCUGGGACUCUGGUGUUUUUGAAGAAUAUUUUGAAGGAGGAAGUUGAUGUUGAGAUCGAAGAAGAUGAAAAUGAAGAACAGAAUGAUGAAGUUACGUUGAAAGAGGAGUCUAGAGCAAAACCAGAAGCAAAUGAUCAAAAUGAUGAAAGUGAAUCAAUGAAAAAAGUAACUUGA